AGAUUCCCAAAGUUUAUGUAAAGUUUAGAUAACUUUAUAAAAAUGAGUUCAAAUUCUGCGGGAAAAUCUAUGGAAGAGGUCAUGGGGUUUGGAGGUUUUGGAAAAAAGGCAAAAUCUUUUGACCUUCAAGCAAUAUUUGAAGAAACGAGACGUACUGCUCAAGAAAGAAGCAAGAAGAAUCUUGAGCUGAAUAAUAUUGCUGUACCAACAAAGGAGAAACCUUCAGUAUCUGAAGAAGAAAGUGAUGAAGAUGCGACUAUAGGACCUCCCAUGCCGCCUCCGGAAUCAUCUGGGAACAAAUUGAACAAAGAAGAUACUGAUGACUCUGAUGAGAGUGAUGAAGAAGAGGAAGAGCCUGGCACUUUUAUUCCAGCCACUCAUGAAGUUUCAUUAAAGCACGGUACGAAGCCCGUUUCUUCAUUAGCACUCGAUCCUUCAGGUGCAAGACUUGUAACUGGCAGUCAUGACUUUGAAAUGAGAUUUUGGGAUUUUGCUGGAAUGGAUAGAGCUCUGCAGUCAUUUCGACAUCUUACUCCAUGUGAAUGUCACCACAUGAUGAACUUAGACUUCAGUUCAACUGGUGAGCAUAUACUGGUUGUUGCAGCCAACUCACAAGCCAAAGUAUUUGAUCGAGAUGGAUAUGAAGUUCUUGAAUGUGUGAAAGGAGAUCAAUAUCUUAAUGAUAUGUACAACACAAAAGGUCACAAUUCCAUGCUAAAUGGAGGAUAUUGGAAUCCCAAAAUAAAAGAUGAAUUUCUAACUUGUUCUAAUGAUGGGACAAUUCGAACAUGGCUCUUAAAGGAUGAAGGAAAAAAGUGCCAGACUAUAAGAAAAUGCAAAGAUAAAUCUGGUAGAAGGGCACAACCUACGUGUUGCUGUUACAGUAGAGAUGGUAAAUUAUUGGCAGCAGCCACCAAUGAUGGAUCCAUUUCAUUAUGGGAUGUUAAAAUGAAGGUGCACACAACACACGUUGUACGAAACGCUCACACCUCAGGCUCUGAUACUUCCAGCAUUAGAUUUGCCCACGAUAAUAAAACCUUCUGCACCAGGGGUGGGGAUGACACUGUUAAACUAUGGGACAUACGCAAAAUUAAACACCCAGUGGCUACUGCAUGCGAUCUUACCAACUUCUUCCCUGUGACGGAUUGCAUCUUUAGCCCCAACGAGAAAUUGUUAAUGACGGGAACGUCAGUGAAGCGUGACGCUGGUCGGGGAAAGAUUGUGUUUAUGGAUCGAACUGACCUUGAAAUUGUCAACGAAAUUGAAGUCUCAGAUUCGAGCGCCAUACGAUGCUUGUGGCACCCCAAGCUUAACCAGAUAAUGGUGGGGACAGCUGACGGAAAUGUCAAGAUCUUAUACGAUCCAGAGAGAAGCGUCCGAGGAGCGAAACUCUCCGUGGUUAAGAAGCGAAAGAAAUUGAAUCAAUCAGAAGUUUUCAUUCGUCAUAAGAUUAUAACACCGUAUUCCCUGCCGUUGUACCGCGAGGACCGAGAGAGAAGCACGAAGAAACAGGAGGAAAAAGACCGAAAAGAUCCGAUCAAAUCACACAAACCCAUGGCCCCCUUAUCUGGACGUGGAGGUGCUGGUGGUAGGUUAAAGGCCCACGGCAGUACAUUGGCUUCUUUCAUCAUGAAAUCAAUCGCUAAAGACACUCAUGAUGAUUCCAACCCACGUGAUGCAAUCCUUAAACAUGCAACGGCAGCAGAGAGCAAUCCAAAAUGGGUCUCACACGCAUAUGCAAAGACUCAGCCCGAAACCAUUUUCCGCACGAGUGACGACAGCCUAUCAGAAGACGAGGACAGUCACGUGAUUAUUGGUAGCAACAAGAAACCUGGUGAAGAAGAACCUUCGUCGAAGAAAAUGAAACCUUCCUGAACGGUGGUUCUCUCUUAAUACAUGGUCUUGUGGCGUCACAGAGGAUCAUGUGUGACGUCAUGAAUAGCGAGGAAGCUUUGAAGUUGAUUGUGGGAGGGGAAAUCCCCCCGUAUCGGGCAUUUCUUCUCACAUGUAAAUGCGUUGUAACCGACAUUACAAUUGUCAAUGCAAAUUCAA